AUGUCGCUCUCCGAGGUCACGCAGAUUGUGGUGGUUAUGGUGGGCUUGCCAGCUCGAGGCAAGAGUCUGAUCGCUGGCAAAGUCAAGAGAUAUCUUCGAUGGACGUCGGUCAACGCCGAGGUAUUCAACGUCGGCAAAUACAGGCGGACUGACAAUCCCCAUCCCGAUGCCAAAUUCUUCGAUGUCAAUAACGCUGAAGGCGAGAAGGCUCGCCGCGCCGCAGCUGAGGCGGCCGUUGCUGACAUGCUGAUGUGGUUCAAGGACAAGAACAAUAAGGUUGCCAUCCUUGACGCAACGAAUUCCACUAAGUCGCGACGGAAAUGGAUUCACGACAAGAUCGUGGAGGCCAACCUGCUUCAUCUCUUCGUCGAAAGCAAAUGCGACGAUGAAGAUCUCAUCAUGGCCAACAUCCUCGAGGUCAAGACGACAUCACCAGAUUAUAUCGGCCAGGAUCCAGAGGUGGCCGCCAAAGAUUUCCGCAACCGUAUCCGGAACUACGAGAAAGUCUACCAAACAAUAGAUGAAUCAGAGAAACACCUCACCUACGUGAAAAUCAUUAAUAUUGGGGCACGUGUGGUGAUCAACCUCAUCCAGGACUACUUGCAAUCCCGCCUUGUGUACUACCUCACCAAUCUGCACAUCAAGCCACGCAGCAUUUGGCUAUCUAGGCAUGGCGAGUCAGAAUACAACCUCGAGGGCAAGAUCGGUGGCGAUGCCAACUUAUCGGAGCGUGGUGAACGAUAUGCGAGGAUGCUGCCCGAGCUCGUCAAGCGUUCUGGGCUGCCUAAGGAUGCUCCUUUGACGAUAUGGACCUCGACUUUAAAGAGAACAAGCCAGACUGCACAACAUUUGCAGAAGGAACUCGGCUGGGAGAAGUUACAAUGGAAGGCGCUCGAUGAGCUGGAUAGUGGGGUUUGUGAUGGGAUGACGUACCAGCAAAUUGCCGAGAAGUACCCUGAAGACUUUCAAGCUCGCGAUGACGACAAGUACAACUACCGGUAUCGCGGAGGCGAGUCCUACCGUGACGUGGUUAUCCGUCUGGAGCCCAUCAUCAUGGAAUUGGAACGAAGCGAGAAUAUCAUUAUCAUCACGUACGUUCAUCUUGGAGCAUUUUCGGUCUGA